GCAAAGAUGACCGAGUUUGGAUAUGAUCCCAGUCGCAUCGGCACGUCCGAGACAGCUGCCCAGCUCUUGGCCAGGGUCAACCGCAUCAAUUUUGGCGAUUUGGGGCUACACACGACCCGCCCGCUACACUCGGGCGACCUUUUGGCGCUGAGCGCAGAGGACACACGCAAUCAACCCUGGAUUUUCAAACUGGCACUCUCCAUCUUAUGCGAACACCUCAUGCCGACCAGCUGUGGUGGCCGAGAAAGCAGUGCACACCUCAUCAUUUGUGCCCAUACUUUCCCCGCCUUUGAGUUUUCCGACUUGCUGCUCGCUGCCAUUCACGAAGGUGCCGCUGAGUACGGUGCACCGAGCGACGCUGCCACCGUGCUUGGCUGGCAUCGAGCCGCCAUGAAUCGCAUCGUGGUUACGCAUUGCCUCUCCCUCACUGAGGUGCUGGCCUUGGCACGGCAAAUCAGUGCCCGGGACACCUCCCUGGUCCUCCUGCUUGGCCUCGACGCCAUCUCGGCCUCACACAAGACCGUGCGCCGUCAUGUGGCAGCUGUCACCGCACUACACCAGCUGCACCGAUCUGUCGCACGCACUGGUGGCCUCUUGGCUUUUGCUGCGCAUCGCGAGCUGCUGCGCAGCCUGAUACGGCUGACACUGGUAA